AUUGGGCCUUCUCCCUUCCAUCAUUCCUGACUCCAUUUCACAAACCCUUAUUCAGUUCACCACAUCAUUCCAGACUCGCGCACAAAGCUACUAUUUCCUGCCAUCCGCCGUGAACCACCGUUCUCAUCGCCGCCGAUCCUGAUCCGAAGUCCGGCAAAAAUGGUUGACAGGAUUAGCAGGCUAUCAGAUGAACUCCUCACUCACAUUCUCUCGUUUCUCUCAACUGAAGAAGCUGUUGCCACUAGUGUUCUUUCAAAGAGAUGGAGGCCUCUCUGGACCUCAGUCCCCGUUCUCGACUACGACGAUGAAAUCUAUCUCAGAAACGGAAAACCCUCAUAUUGCUUUGAAAGGUUCGUAUACGCAACCAUUUUACCCAGAGAUUUGCACCAACCCAUUACAAGCUUCCGUCUCAAAUAUGGGGCAUCUGCUGCUGAACUUUUCGAGGGCGAUGUUAUUUAUGACCGUUCAAAUGCUGAUAUCAAUAUUUGGGUCAACACUGUUAUAAGACGGGGUAUUCAGAACCUUGACAUCGAGAUUUAUCCUACAAAUUUGUAUUUUAGUUUGAGCUGCUCUAGUGUCAGCUGCAGAACUCUUGUUGUUCUCAAGUUGAAUGGUUUAUCUCUUAAUGUUUCUUCUUCUGUUGGCCUUCCCUCACUCAAAUCUCUACAUGUCGAAACAGUUCAAUUUGAAGAGCCAAAUUAUCUUAUGGGGCUUCUCUUUGGGUGUCCAUUGCUUGAGGAUUUGAAAAUAUGUUACAUAGAUUAUGUUCAGGAUAGCUAUUUUUUAAAUGAACAGUUUAAUAACUUACACUUUCCCAAGUUGGUUAGGGCAAAUCUACUUCAUGUUAAUAUGGCUGGUCAUGAUACUACUAUUCUUCUGAAAGCAGUAUGUAAUGUGGAGUUUUUGUGCAUUCACCAGUUUCGAGCUGAUUUUGUGGUGCCUGAAUUUCCUCAUGUAAGACAUUUGGGCCUCUUCUUUGUUACUCAUAACUGGCGUGUGGUGCUUUUGAUGCUCAAGAAUUGCCCCAACCUUCAAAGUUUUAAACUUAAUUUGAAUUGAUCUUUUGAGGCUAAGGAUGUUCUACCUUACCUUCAGUUUGGUGUUCCUGAUUGCCUUACAUCAGGCUUUACCAAGUGCUACCUUGAAUACUACCGAGGCGCAGAAAGUGAUCUACUGUUUGCAAAAUAUAUUAUGCAGAAUUCACCAUAUUUACAGUCCAUGAAAAUUCAUAGUGAUGCACCUAAUCAACUAGGAGUGCUAAAGAAGCUAGCUUUGUGCCCAAGGAAAUCUGAAUCGUGUGAACUUUCAUUUAAUUGAUAGGUUUGUUAGUAGCUGCAAACUUUUUACGAGAUGAUAGCUUUUCCAUUUGUUAACAUAAUGCAAAUACUGGACUUGAAGGCCAUAGACCGUUUAAUUAUGUAUCUUUGUGUACCCAUUAUCUGAUGCUUUACCACGAGAUAUGAAGGUGUAUAUGGGAAUGUUGUGUAGUGAGCUUCUUUGGUCUUCCUCUGGUUCUCCUCAAGCAUCCUUUCAAGAUCUUACUUCAGUAGCCAAUCGUGUUAUAAGAUACUUGCACAAGCACCAAUUCCAUGCUUAUUUGGCUGCUACCAUUUAGUGUUCCAUAUAUUGCUCAUUGACAUCAGAUUCCUUUCCAAUUGCAAGGAUAGUAUUUUGUGUUGAUGUUUCUCUUUACCUUAUAUAUCUUGUUAUUUAUGUUUAGAUAGUCAAUGCUAGAUUAGCUAGGAAUUCUUCCACAAUGCAUAUAAACUUUUUUCUGGUAAAGUUGUUUGUCUAAUUAGUUAUAGGCUUUUGUAUUGGUUUCCCCUUUGUCUAUUUAUCAAUGUUUUAAAAUUACAACUUAUUGUUCAAUAUAUCAUUUCUCUGUCACCAUAUUUUAUCUCAAUUGCAAAAAGAUCGAUUAUGCAAUGUUACAUCUCAUCUGACCCUCAAAUAUAAUGGUUCCAGUUUAUUAGGAUAAACUGUUUUCGGAGUUUAAUGAUUUACCAUAUCUUUUGAUUUAACAAAUCUUUAUCUUGCUUUUUGAGAAAAUGAAUUUUGAAAGUUAUAAGAUUUCUUUAAUCUCUCAAUUUGCAAAUUUGCUGAUUUGGUUGUUUUAUGGUUUAAGUACCAUGCAAUUUCUCUCACGUUCUAGCUUUCUAUCAUGUUCAUUUUCAUCAGGAUGCUGUCUAAUGCUAUCCAAGUGUGCUGAUCGUGAAUCUUGAACUACUCCUUUUAGACUCUCUCGCUGGAUCUGGUUAUCCCAGCUGAUCUUGCUUUGCUGUUACCACUGCUUCUCUGUUCUGGACUUCUGGCAGCUUUUGAGUCCUCUCUAUCACCAUAAACCUCAUCAAGUAAAGGUUGCUCAACUUCCAAAGUUAAUAAUCAUUUCCUCAUUUCCCAAUAUGGAACUUCCAUCUGCAGUCCUAUUGUCCUCAAGUUCAGUUUCUUUGUCCGGGGAACAAGCUUGUAAAGUGAAGUAAGAUCUUGAAAGGAUGCUUGAGGAGAACCAGAGGAAGACCAAAGAAGCUCACUACACAACAUACAGAGGCAGAAAGAAGAACCCUGAACUGUUAUUGCUGUAAAGGAAGGUCUUGCACUUAGCAUGAGAGCAGAUAUGACCAAACAGAAUGUCCAAGAAAUUUGUAAAUGGGAGAAUCCGGCAGUUCCAUGAAGUUGUAUUAUUGUUCUUUUGUUCUCAGUAUUUACAUCAAUAUAUGUAUCAAACAUCCACUUUUUACUAAAUGUUUAACAUCGAAAUGGUUAUCAGACA